UUCAAACUAUUAAAGGGUUAAAACUACAUUUAUCGAAAUAUCAUUUGACAGAAAACGAACAUUUUUUAAUACAAAUAGAUGACCUGAAAAACCAAGCAGCUGAAAAGCAAAAUAAUUUAAAAUCAGCGGGCCCUGUACUUCUUGAAACAGACAAGAAGACUCAACCUACGAUGCAGCAAUUGCUGGCGAAUCCGCCAAAAGCCCAAUGGCCCCAUGACCAUGACAUAACAAAACGCAUAGAUAAGGCUAUCAUGGAUUAUAUAUUAGUUGACAUGCAGCCUUAUAACACUGUGUCAGGAAAAGGAUUUAAGCGCUUAAAUUUUGCGGACCCUGCAGGACCAAAAAAAUAUAAAUUGAAAUCUGAAAAAUUUUUUCGCACCCAACUAAUGCCGGAAACUUUUGAAAAAGUUAAAACUAAAGUAGUCAAUUUGCUAUGUGAGGCCGAGUGGAUAAGUUUUACUACAGACAUUUGGUCAAAUCCUACUAAAACUUGUUCACUUCUGAGUUUUACGGCCCAUUUUGUGCACAAUGAACAACGACCAAAAGUAAUCUUGGGUGCAUCAGUUUUAGAAAAUGACCACACGGGCGACUAUAUCUCCGAGAAACUGAAAGAAGUAGUCGAAGAUUAUAAUAUAGGCUCUAAAAUCCACCUUGCUCUUCGCGAUAAUGCUGGGAACAUGGCCCGUGCUACAAGGGUUGCGGAGUACGAUUCGUUGGGCUGUGUGUCUCAUACACUACAACUGGUGAUUCAUGACGCAAUUUUAUCGGUGCCAAACAUAAUAACAAUACUAAAAAAGUGUCGUAAAGUAGUCGGACACUUUCAUAGAAGUGAGCAGGCACGGAGGUAUUUAAAUACUUUCCAAAAAACUUUAAAUUUACCAGAACACACCCUAUUCCAAGACGUGGAAACACGUUGGAACAGCACGUACUUAAUGUUGUCACGGUUGAUUGAGCAAAAAAAUGCGAUUAAUCUAUACCGUGUCGAAAGGGGCUCAAUCAAUGAAAUUAAUAACGAAGAAUGGACGACGAUGCAAGAUGCUGUCAGUGUAUUGGAAUGUUUUUAUGAGGCCACAUUAGACAUGUCGUCAGAUGCAUCAUGUGUCUCCUUGGUGAUACCUUUAGUAGCCAUGUUAAGUGGAAAACUUGCGUCAACUAGCGGGCAAAGUCAGUUUGUAGCGUCGGCAGAUACUGCAAUGUCAGCAGAUAUAGAAAACAAUGAAAGUGAUGCUCUUCAAAAUUGUGCUGCUGCUGAGAUGAAAAGCAAGUUGUUGUGCUCACUCAAUCAUCGCUUUUCAUUCAUACGAACAUCGAGCCCCUUAAUUUGUGCAACAUUGUUGGAUCCCCGAUUCAAAACAAAAUAUUUGACCGAAAACGAGGUAAACGGAGCCAAGACUAAAAUUUUUGAAGUUUUACAAUUAGGUACACCGGCAGGACUUGGAGAGCGUCAGGGUGGAGCGUCAACUUCAGUUAGAUCCGUCAAUGAGACAAGUUUGUGGGCAGCUCACGACUCCAUCGAGUCUGAUGACGACCCAAUGACGGACAACUCACUUGAAUCGUCACUUGACAAUUAUCUGAGAGAGCCAAGGCUGCAUAGGAAUGCAAAUAUCUACGAAUACUGGCAUUCAUCGCCUUACCAACUCCUGCGCCCUGCAGCAAAAAAAUUUUUGUCGGCUCCACCAACAAGUGUGGCUAGCGAACAGCUUUUUAGCAGGGCUGGUCAAUUGUACGACGAGCGGCGUCACAAUUUAACUGGCCACAACGCUGAAAAGUUAUUGUUUUUGUGCUAUAAUAUAGAACUAUUUAAUUUUGAUUAUUAAUGUCUUUUCGUCGUCUUUUAUCAGACCCACUUGCACCAACCAGAGUUAAAAAAAUAAAUGGUAAACCUCGCAUUUACUUUUCAGUUUCGUACAUGGCGUGAUGAAUCCUAAGUUAGCUGUUUAAUUUUUUAACCCUGGUUAGCGCAAGUGGGCCCGAGAAGAGUUUUGUAUGUUUUUAGUCAGUAUUUAUGAAAAUACAGUUUUUUUUUGCAAAAUACGUAUUUUUUCUUUCUUUUCUCAAAUUCUCGGUCUCGGUCUCGGUCUCGGCCGAGAAUUUCAUUUUGUCUCGGUCUCGGUCUCGGUCUCGGCCGAGACAAAAAAAGUGUUCUCGGUCGGACCUUAC